GGUUAAUAUAAAAAAAACAAUAUAUUUCGAAAAUAUUUUUUUUAUCAUUUUAAAUAUAUUUUUUAUUAAUUAAUUAUUAAAAAAAAUAAUUUCACAAUUUUAUUUUACAAUGAAAUCGAAAAAAAUGCACCAAAAACCAUCUGAAAUUCGUAUGGAAAUUCAAUUGGUUAAAAAAAUAAAUGAAAAAAAUAAGGCGAAGGUUUUGGAAAAAAGGGAAAGGAAAAAUCUUGAAAUUGAAGAGAGAAAGAAAAAUUUCAAAAGGGAACAACUCAAACGAGAAAUUAAAUUGGGAUCACAAAAUGCAAUUCAACUUCAAAAUUCAUGGCGUGAAAUAAUGAUGAAAAUUAAGAUGCCAAAUAUUAAAGAAAAUGUUGAAAUUGCUUGUCACACUUUCAAUAGAGUCCUUGACUUUAAAGAUUAUAGUAUUAGUUUUUUAUUGGACGCAAUUGAUAAUGCUGAGGAACAAUAUCAAAUGAAUGAAAGAGAUCAUAUUGAAAAAAUUGAUGAAUUUUUGAAAAUUCAACAAAUUAGAUUAAAAUCAUUGGAAUCAAAUUAUCAAAUAAAUUUGGAAAAAUUGAUCAAUGAAUUUAAAAUAGAAAGAGAUAAAAUUAAUUAUGAAAAUGAAGAAGAAACAAUUUAUUUACAAACAACAAUAUUUGCCAUGAAUCAAAAAUUUGAAGAAUCUUUGAAUAAUGUGAAAACCACUGUAUUUGGAAAAGUCGAGUCCCAAGCAAGUGAUUUUCGAGAUAUUCGAAAAAUGGAAGAAGGAUUUAAAAUUAAAAACAUUAAAGAUUCAUGGCAAGAACUUCAGAAUGUUUUUGCCGACUAUGAAUCGAAAACAAAAGAACGUAGAAAUGCUUAUGAGAAUCUAAAAACAAAGGAUCAAUUUGAAAGAAACAUUAUUGCAAAUCAAGUUGAUCAAACAGCGUUUGCUUUUGAAGAAAUUCGAAAAUUGAAAAAGAAAAUAUCAAAUGUAAAAUUAACAAAUGAAGAACCAAUCAACGAUAUUAUUAAACAACGUAAUUUUUUUCAAAAAUCUUACUGGAUAGUAAAAAAUAGAUUUUUGAAUGAACAAAUGACUGAUAAAAAACUAUUAAAAAUAAUGACAAUAGAAUAUAAUAAAACUAUUCACCAUUUGAAUAAACUCGUUAAGAAAUUGGAAAAUAUUUUAAUCGUAAUGCAAAUUUGCCAAAAAUAUGAAACAGAAAAUGAAAAAAUUAUUCCUAUUGAAAGUAUAAUUCAAGAAAGAAAUAAAAUUACUAUUUUAAAUUGGACUCGAGGUGUUGAGGAACUUCAACUUAUGGAAAAUUUUUGGAAACGCGUUGGAUCUGCAGAAACAAUAAUGAACGAAUUAAAACACGAACGUGAAAUUCUAAUAGAAGAAUCAAAUUAUUUACGUCAAUGUUUAAAAAACUAUAUUUCACAGGAAGAAUUCGUAUUAAAGAAAAAAAGUGAAAUAAGCUAUUAAUUAAAAAAAAAACGUAAUAAAUCAAAUUCAAUUUUAUCAUCAUAAAUUGUAUCAUGUAUUUCAAAAAACUGUACAGGUAUAAAACCAUAAUUUUAUAUGAGUACUACACGUGUAGUAAAAAUGUUGUUUUUUUUUAUUUCGUUGACAAAAAAUGCACAUUUAAUCUCACGUACAUCGGUAAAUAAAUUAUUUUUAAUAAUUAAUUUUAAAAAUGUCAACAAUUAAAAUACCUUCUCACACUUUUUUUUUUUUGUUUGAGAAAAUUGUUUAAAAAAUUUUGGUUUUGACGGAAACAAUCAAGUUUUACAUAAUAUAUUUAUA